UCAGGCGCGCGCCGAGGCGAAGGCGGCGGGAGGUGUGCGUGAAGGCCUGGUUCUGCGGAGUCGUGCGGCGAUCCCGGCGUCGUGAUGGUUUCGCGUGUUCAGCUCCCUCCUGAGAUCCAGCUGGCGCAGCGCCUUGCGGGGAACGAGCAGGUCACCCGGGACCGAGCUGUGAGGAAACUACGGAAGUACAUCAUGGCCAGGAGUCAGGCGGCUGCAGGCGGGUUCACGCACGAUGAGCUGCUGAAGGUGUGGAAGGGGCUCUUCUACUGCAUGUGGAUGCAGGACAAGCCGCUCUGCCAGGAAGAACUGGGGAGGACCAUCGCCCAGCUCGUUCAUGCCUUCCAGACGCCUGAGGCCCAGCACCUGUUCUUGCAGACCUUCUGGCAAACCAUGAGCCGCGAGUGGACGGGCAUUGACCGGCUGCGCCUGGACAAGUUCUACAUGCUCAUGCGGAUGGUCCUGAACGAGUCGCUGGAGGCCGUGAGAGCGCAAGGAUGGCAUGAGAGACACAUCAAGCAGUUGCUUGACCUGCUGACCACUGAGAUCCUGCACCCCGACAGUCAGGCCCCCAACGGCGUGAAGAACCACUUCGUUGAGAUCUUCCUGGAGGAGCUGACCAAAGUGGGCGCCAAGGAGCUCACGGCGGCACAGACGCUCCUGUUUGUCGAACCCUUCUGUGGAAUCGCCGCCUCCACCAAGGAUUCCCUGGUGCUGCACAAUAUCGCCCGAGGCGUCUUUGAGACGAUUGUGGAGCAGGCGCCUCUUGCCAUCGAAGACCUCGUGAAUGACCUGGACACGCAGGAGGAGGAGGAGGAGGAGGAGGAGGAGGAGGAUGCGUCAGAUGGGGACGAGGCAUUGAGCGAGCCAGAGCUGCCGUCUGGGGGGCCGCCCACAGGUGAGGAGCCCACCUCCUGCGGAGACAGCGGGGAUGGUGAAGGCCCUGUGCUCCAGUUUGACUAUGAGGCCGUGGCGAACAGGCUGUUUGAGGUGGCCAGCCAACCCAGCACCCCUUCUCUGAACAGGAAGCGUCUCUACAAAGUGAUCCGGAAGUUGCAGGACCUGGCCGGAGGUGUCUUCCCGGAGGAUGACAUUCCAGAGGAGGCCUGCAGGAAGCUGCUGGAGAGCAAGCGAGAGAGGAAGAUAAAGAAGAUGAUGAGGAAAAAGAUGAGGAAGAAGCAGAAACGGCCCCCGCCUCAGUCCUCAGCACUGCCACAGGAGGGGGAGAGUGAACGGAGGAAGAGGAGCAGGAGGAGGGGCAGGGGGGCCGGUCCCUUGGCACGCAGCGGAGAGCGGCCCACCAGCCGGCGGCAAAGAGACAGCAGCGCCCGCAAGAGGAAGCCACGGCCUCAGCCGCCAUCUGGCACCCCAGCUAAGGGGGCAGCUGUCCAGGAGCCCAGGAGGAAGCAGCGGACACUGGCAGGCGGGAAGUGAGGCCAGGCUGCUGGGUCCACGCAGACUGAGCGCCCAGGGCCCCGAGCUGCGGGCAGGAGGUGGCGGCCAA